AUGAUUCAUUUCAUUCUGCUAGUGAGUAGACAAGGAAAAGUGAGAUUAAUGAGGUGGUACGUGCCAACAACUGUUCAGGAUCAACAGAGGGAUGCGAAAGAGGUAUCUAAUCUUGUUCUCAAAAGAGGUCAGAAAUUGUGUAAUAUUGUGGAAUGGCGAGAACAGAAGAUUGUGUAUAGAAGAUACGCUUCAUUAUACUUCGUCUGCUCAAUCGAUCGAGAUGACAAUGAGCUCAUCGCGCUUGAGACUAUCCACCUCUACGUGGAAACGCUCGACAGAUAUUUUGGAAACGUGUGUGAACUUGAUGUUAUUUUCAACUUCCAUAAAGCGCAAUACAUUUUGGAUGAAGUUUUGGUCGCGGGAGAGUUGCAAGAAUCUUCAAAGCGCGCGGGAAAGCCGACGGGAAAACCAGAAACCCGAACUGUUAUCGAAGGCCAAGCUGUAAUCCAAGGCCAAGUCGAAAUACAGAAUCGACCACCUCGACUGAAGGUAGCAGCAAGCCAACAGCGCUUAUGCUCACUUCCGGGAGAUCUUGAACCGAGUUGGGGAGAUUGUUUGCCAAUUAACCCGAUCGUAGACCCAGAGAGAUGUUUGCUGGCGACGCGAACGGAGUUGUUGAAAACUAGUAGGGACUUUGUUGGAAAAGUAUGCAUGUCUGCUGUACUCGACAUGAUGCUUAUAGAAGUUGAUGAAGUUAUGCGAGACCUUGGAUGUCAACCGAUUGUCACUUUCGGGACCGCGUUAGGAGCUUGCAGGAACGGUACGCAUAUACCCCAUACGGACGACGUUGAUUUGGCAUAUGUGAGAGAAGAUGGAAGCGAAGACUGCUUGGGCGAGCGGUUCGUGGAGUUGUUAAUGUCUCGUGGACUAUAUGCAUUUACCGACGACCUCAUUCGGGUUUGCAUCGCACCUUUCCAUCCUCUGGCUGCGAAUCUUUAUGAUAUGCAUAACGCCACGCCUUGCAGCUCUGAACGGUCUUGUGGUUACGUUGAUAUUUAUCCGUUGGUACCAUACUACGGUGAUAAACCUUACCAUCGACCAGGGAAGUUGUACAGACAUGUGCCAUACGACGGGUAUCGGAUGAGUGAGGAACAAAUAUGGCCGCUACGGGAAGUGUCCAUAAAUGGCAGAAAAUUCGAUACUUUUGCAGAUGUGGAAGAUCUGCUUGAACGAAGCUACGCUGGUCUGACACUCAAUCCACAGGAGGAAGUGAUCUGCACUCUUCGAGCACUGUCUGGAAGUUGUCACGGCCAAGAAGAACGUCAAUGCCCAGUUGACAUUGUCAAAUCCAAGUCCGGCACGGCCGAGCUCCUCGCCGAGGAGCUCUCGAGAAAUCUCAAGAAUAACAUUUGA